AUGCCGUCCGAUCAAGAAGAAUCAUUGCCCUACUGGCAGGUCAACGUUCCCGCGGACCAAAGGUCUACCGAGUGUCCGGAUUUUCUGAAAGAUGCCAAUGAGAAAGACCAACAGAUCCUAGCCACUCCAGACUCUGACUUUCGUCGUCUGUCGUGGUCAGAAGUCCAGGAACUCAUACGGACGAACCGCAUCGAUCUGUUCCAACGUGUGCCAAGCGACCUUCGCCGAUACAAGGCUUACACUGCGAGGAUAAGGAACCAAUAUGGCUCAGUCAUGAAUUUCGUCAUGACCGAAAGAUUGAAUUGGCAAGAUCUUGUACCUCGAGGCGAGCCUUUCAGUAACACAGGUACAGCAUCUGAAAUACUCAGCCCUUACUUGAUUGUUAACCCCAACUNNACAGGCGACAUAAAAAUCUUGUUGAAUGACUGGCCUUACGGGAUUGAUACAAGAAUUGUCCAUCUUGUCGUCUGGGUGAAGUUCCAAGUGGAGGAAGACGCCGUCAGUGGGGACUUGACGGAUGCAGCCAGGCAACAGAUUGAUUCGUACGUGGACCGAAACUUUCGAAAUCACAUCGGAUCCGAGAACUGCAUCUGGUUCAAGAAUUGGGCUAGUUUGAAGUCCAUUCAUGCUGUCGAGCACUUCCAUAUCAUGUUGUUUUCUCCGGACAAAGAAUUCGUGCAAGACGUCACAAACGGUGAUGUAGCACUGUCAGACAAGCUCGAGUUCAGUAACGUUUGA